CUGCUCUCCCACCACCUCAAGAGCCGACCCAGGUGUGGCCAUAGCCAUACCAUACCAUCUCUUGCAUUCGCGUACCGUGCAAGCCCGAACGCCAGCCCAGAGUGCAGACAUGGCCCGCCUGCCACGCCUCCCCAGCAUAACACCCACGACUGCCGCCCUGGCUGCAACGGCAGCAGUAUAUCUCAACGGCCGAUACCAGAUCACACAAGACCUGUGGACCAUCAUCACCGCUUUGAAACACGCCGCCUAUCUGAGCAGACUCGAGAAGCAAGACAAGAUCAAUGUCUUCUAUCGAUUCGAAGCGCUCGCCAAAGAUCCAAAGCAAGCCAACAAACUUUUCCUGAUUGUGCCUAAGGACGAGAGCAAUGCGAGCGCCCAGACGGAAUGGACAUAUGGCCAAGCAUAUGAGCUCACCCUCCAAUAUGCGCGAUGGCUGAAAGAAGACAUGCACAUCAAUAAAAACGAGAUCAUCGCGAUGGAUUUCAAGAAUAAGCCCCAGUUCAUCUGGCUGUGGUUCGCUCUCUGGUCAAUUGGCGCCAUUCCUGCUUUCAUAAACAGCAAUCUUCAGGACAACGCCUUUGUACAUUGUGUGAAGCUGUCUACCACAAGAUUGCUGAUCCUUGAUCCCGGCCUGUCACAAUAUCUCACCGAAGAAGCUCAAGCUCAAUUCAGCCCAGACGAGAAAGGACGUGCCAUCGACACUGUCAUUCUAACUUCAGACAUUGAAGCUCACAUACACAGCUUGCAGCCUUACAGAGCACCGGACGCAGACCGAUCCGGCGCCACAGCAGCAGCAACAAGUCUUCUCAUCUAUACCUCGGGAACCACUGGUCUACCAAAGGCCGCAAAUGUCGCUUGGGGAAAGCCUCUUUCAGGAGUCAAUUUCUUCCCCAAGGCUCUUGCAUUGACGCCGGAUGACCGCUACUACACUGCAAUGCCAUUAUACCACUCUUCUGGAUCGUUGCUUUGCGUGUGUCAAGCAUUUGGACCCGGCUGCGCCAUCGUUCUUGCGCCCAAGUUCUCCCCUCGAACACAAAUGAAGCAGGUCACCGAAACCAAGGCCACCGUCUUACAAUAUAUUGGCGAGAUGUGCCGCUACCUUGUCACAAGUCCACCAACGCCGUACGAUCGUGCCCACAACCUUCGACUGGCAUUUGGCAACGGAAUGCGUCCAGAUGUGUGGCAGAAGUUCAAGGAUCGCUUCAACAUCGGAACGAUUGUGGAGUUCUAUGGCGCCACAGAAGGUCCUGGCGCAUCGCUUGUAUACAGCAGCAACGGCUUCCUCCGUGGAGCGAUUGGCAAGACUGGCCCCAUCACUCGCACCCUUUUCGGAGGCAAUUCCGUCUUGCUGAAGCAUGACCAUGUAACAGAUGAGCCUUGGAGAAAUGUCAACACCGGAUUCUGCGAGAAAGUCAAGACCAACCAGCCUGGAGAGCUGUGCUACCGGUUAGACCCUGAGAACAUCCAGGAAAAAUUCCAAGGCUAUUACGGAAACGACAAGGCUUCGGGGAGCAAAAUCAUUCGAAACGUCUUCAAGAAGGGCGAUGCAUACUAUAGAUCUGGUGACUUGCAGCGAAUAGACGCUGAUGGGCGAUGGUGGUUCGUUGACCGCAUUGGCGACACGUUCCGAUGGAAGGGAGAGAAUGUGAGCACAGCUGAAGUUUCAGAAGCACUCGGUACGCAUUCUGCAUUGUCAGAAGCGAACGUGUACGGAGUGCAGCUACCCAACCACGACGGAAGAGCAGGCUGUGCCGCUAUAGGUCUCGCCGAAGGUCAAAAGAUGGACGAGAAUUUGGGUAAAGAGCUCGCAACGCACGUGCGGAAGCGACUGCCGCGUUAUGCCGUGCCGAUAUUUCUUCGACUUGCAAAGGAAUUCGAAACGACUGGAACCAUGAAACACCAGAAGGUCGCUUUGAGGAAUGAAGGUGUCGACCCGGAGAAGACUGGCGAUGACGAAUUGUUCUGGUUGCCUCCUGGCUCGGACGGAUUUAAGAAGUUCGAGAAGCGAGACUGGGAGAAGAUCACUGGUGGCAGUGCUAAGCUUUGAGAUAAACACAACACCGACAGCAUUUCCUACACACUAGUUUUGCCUGAUGCAUAUAUCAACGGCAUUGCUACGACCUCUGUGGAAGGUCCUUUUUCCUUGGACUUCGACAUGGAUAUAUUACGACACGACGAACCCCAAAGAAGGCUGAUUAGCUAGCAAUUCAGUUCGUGUUGAUUAGC